AUGGAGUCACUCUUGACUCUUGAACUUUCUGGUUGCUUUGACAUUGAGAAAAUUCUAGAAUUUGUUGAAAACAUGGGAUGCUUACAAGAGCUUAAAUUGGGUGGCAUUGGUAUUAAGGAACUACCUUCAUCAGUUGAAGGCUUGAUUGGCCUGACUUCACUAUUUGUAGCAUAUUGUGAUGAUCUUAUGUGUCUUCCUAGCGCCAUUUGUAGUUUGAAAUCGCUUGAAUCUCUUGAUAUUUCUUGGUGCUUAAAAAUUGACAAAUUGCCAAAGAACCUAGGAAAUGUCAAAGGUCUAAAGAUGCUUAAGUUGAGUGGAACAACUAUAAAAGAGUUGCCUUCAUCAAUUGAACAUUUGACAAGUCUUACUUUACUAACUAUUAAUAAAUGUAAAAAUCUUGUGUGUCUACCUAACACCAUUUUUAGUUUGAAGAUAGGUAAUUCUUUUGAUCUUGCUGGAUGCUCAAAAUUUGACAACUUGCCAGAGAACCUAGGGAAUGUUGAAGGUCUGGAGAAGCUUGAUUUGAGUGGAAUGGCUAUAAAAGAGUUGCCUUCAUCAAUUGAACAUUUGACAAGCCUUACUUUAUUGUCUCGAAAAAAUUGUAAAAAUCUUGUGUGUUUUCCUAGCACCAUUUGUUGUUUGAAGUUGCUUAAUUCUCUUGAUCUUUCUGGAUGCUUAAAAUUUGACAGUUUGCUAGAGAAUCUGGGGAAUGUAGAAGGUUUGGAGUUUCUUGAUUUGAGUGGAACUUCUAUAAAAGAAGUUCCUUCCUCCAUUCGACAAAGUGGUAGACUACCAAACAUGUUAGAGAUUAUUAUUCCUGGAGGUGAAAUUCCAAAAGGGUUUAGCCCUGCAAGGUUUAUUUUGAAAAGUCCCCCUUGA